CAGCCUUCGGCAGCAGCUUCAGUCUGAGCGUCGAAUAAAAACCGGGAUUUCAGCCGUUAAUUACGCUGCGUUCACGGAACAAACAACCAGCCGUCAGACCUGUCAGACCAGCGGCCUUCACGGACACAAAGAGGGGACAGACGGGGACAUCAGGCCCGGUACCGGGUUAUUACCGGGUCGGUAACACCAGCUGUGUGUGUGUGUGUGUGUGUAUUUGGGUUGCAGGACGCUGGGGGACCGUGUGGACGGAGAGGACAGACAGAGGACACCAAGAGGACACUGAAAGGACAGAGAGAGGACAAUUUAGAAGACAUAGAGAGGACAGAAAGAGGACAGUUUUUAGGACACUGGGAGGACAGUUAAGAGGACACAGAGAGGACAGUUUAUAGGACACUGAGAGGACAGUUUAUAGGACACUGAAAGGACAGUUAAGAGGACACUGAGAGGACAGUUUAUAGGACACUGAGAGGACAGUUUGGAGGACAGACAGGGGGACAUGAAGGACCCGAGUCUCGGUAACAACAUGACCAUCAGUAACGAGGUGAUCCUCAGCAGCCACUUCCUGUCAGAGGACGAGCCCUUCGCUGAAUACCUGUGGAUGGAACAUGAAGAAGAGUUCAACAGACAGGUGGAGGAGGAGCUGUGGGAGGAGGAGUUCAUCGAGCGCUGCUUCCAGGAGAUGCUGGAGGAGGAGGAGCAGUGGGAGUGGUUCAUCCCGUCCAGAGACCUGCUGCCGGCUCAGACCGCCUCGCUGCUGCAGGACCACAACGGCCUGCUGGACGCAGACGCAGACGUCCACGCAGACGCAGACUUCGAGCUCGUGGUGCACAGCAGUCUGAACCCGAACGCCAAGGAGUUCACCCCGGGCAUCCAGAAACACGUCAUGUGACCCCGCCCACUGGCCCCGCCCCCCUGCCACAGUCUGCACUGUGACAUCAUCGCCCUGAUGUCAGCUGUUCUCAGCCGCCGUCGACCUUCAGCCUGACGUGUUGCCAAAGUUCUGCCUCGCCUCGCACGUGUUGCUCCGCCACCGCUAGAGUCGCCGCCGCUGUCACGUUACUGUUUAUGUCACGUCACUGUCCGCCACCGCCACCACGCCACGCCCACCUGACCCGUGUGUGUCUGAGAGUGUGUGUGUGUGUGUGUCAGAGUGUGUGUGUGUGUGUGUGUAACUCUCUGAAUGUAAAUCGGCUGAGAAAAGUUUUUUUUCUUCGUGUUCACUUUAAGAACAAACUGGUUUCUGUUACAAUCAGCUUCUAAUUUGCACUUUUUAUCUGAUAAAAACAAACUGUGUCGAGGUUUUCUUUAGAGUUUAGAGAUCCGGUCUGAUCUGAUCUGUUCUGAUCUGGUCCGAUCCGGUCUACAGCUGGUCCCGUUUUGUUUCCCAGCCUCCUUGGUGUUCUCGGCCCCACCUCAUUAAAAGAUGUUUGUUUGUUUGUUGUUUUUCUAAAUGCACAUAAAGUACUGUAUAAAAAGUCAUAUAAAGAAAAAAGUUGUAAAAAAAAAUAUCUAUUUUUUCUUAAUCUAUUUGAAAAUAAAUGUUUAUGUAGAAAAUGUCUGGAAGCGUUUGGACUCAACUUCUUUCUUCUGUUUAUCUGCAGGUUAUUUAUCUUUAAAGAACUUUUUCAAAGUGAGGAAACUAAUGAUUUUAUUAAUUUUCUGCUGCUUUGAGGACUAAACUAAAACUAAAACGAACCAA